AUGCCUCUUGUGGGAGGUUUUCCAGGCACGUCCCAUGGGGACGAGUCCCAAGGGAUGGCCCCGGGCAUGCUGGGGAUUGGCCUCAUGUCAGUUACAGUUUUUCCAGUGCGGCUGCUGCUCGUCUCUUUCUUCAUGUUGGUGGCCUGGCCCUUUGCCUUCACCGCCUCUCUGGGACGUUCUGAGCUGAUCCCUGAUCCACAGUCAUGGUGGAGGAGAUUUAUAGAUCUUUGUCUUCGGGUCAUCAUGCGAGCCAUGUGGUUCUGUGGUGGUUUCCACUGGAUCAAGGUGAAAGGGGAGCGGGCUCCGCCCUCUGAUGUUCCCAUCCUCACCGUGGCCCCACACUCCUCUUAUUUUGACGCAAUCCCAGUCACCAUGACCAUGUGCUCUAUCGUAACCAAGCUGGAGAGCAGGAGCAUACCAGUCUGGGGCACUCUGAUCAGCUACAUCAGGCCCGUGUUUGUGUUCCGGUCAGAUCAGCACUCCCGAAGAAAAACUGUGGAGGAAAUCAAACGAAGAGCUCAGUCUGGAGGGAAGUGGCCCCAGAUCAUGAUAUUCCCUGAGGGGACGUGCACCAACAGGUCAGGUCUCAUCUUAUUCAAACCUGGUGCUUUCAUCCCAGGACUCCCAGUGCAACCAGUGGUUCUACGAUACCUAAACAAACUGGACACUUUUUCAUGGACAUGGCGCGGCCCUGGAGCGUUGAAGAUUUUAUGGCUCACUCUGUGUCAGCCUCAUAACUCUGUAGAGAUUGAGUAUUUACCCAUCUAUUAUCCAUCAGUGAUGGAGAGAGAAAACCCUGCUCUGUUUGCCAGCAACGUCAGGAGGCUCAUGGCCAAGGCGUUGGAGGUGCCCCUCACAGACCUGUCCUUCGAUGACCGGGAGAUCAUCCUGUCACGUGGCCCGCUGAGAAUACACGACUGCAGCAGCCUGCUGCACUUCAACCAGCUUGUGUGUCGUCUGGGGUUAAAAACAAGGACCAGAGAUGGCCUGCUUGAAGAGGAGGCCAGGAGAGCCACGAAGCUGCAAGGGGAUGAACUGGGACUGGAGGACUUUGCUCAAUUUCUUAACCUCCCAGUAACAGACAUGCUCAGAGAAGUGCACAAACUCUUUGAUCAGACUGGUGAUGGGAAGAUAGACGUCAGACGUUAUAUCACUGCUCUCUGUACGGUACAGUGGCCUCAUAAACCUCUGGACACAUUAAAACUGGCCUUCAAGAUGUAUGAGGCUGAGGACAGCGGGGAAAUCGAAGCGGAGGAUCUGGCUGUCAUCUUGGAGAUAAUGUUGGGAGUAAAAGAUGUUGAUCUCAGUCCUCUGUUUCUUGAACUUCAAGCAGCCAACACUAGAAAGAUCACUUAUGAUGAGCUUCAGUGUCUCAUAAAGCGGCAUCCGGACUUCUCUGUGGAGUUCCUCAGUUUUAAGGAUCAUCCAGGCAGCGGCUGCAUUGGGCGACUCAAAAGCUGCAAUGGCCAGAGCUUAAACAAAGAUGACUGAAAGAUGCACUCUUUUUUUUGUGUGUGUGUUUGGUUCCAUGUUUAUAUCUGAAUGUUGUAAAUCUUCUGCCACCUCUGUGCCUCACAGUGUAGGGAAUGGAAGAGUCAAUCUUUAAAGAGGUUGUCUAUCCUCCAACUCUUCAUUGGCUUUUCUUUGCCUUUUAUUUUAGAACCUACUUUGAUGUAAAGAAUCCUUUUUUAAAAAUAUAAAUGAGUAAUUUAUGUCUUAUUCUAAAAGUUCAGAUACAUGGGAGGUCAGCCGAUUUAUACUUUUGUCUUAGUUGAAAGCUCUCAGGUAUAGCAGAUACCAGCAUUUAGACAUCUUUACUUUCAAAUAUAAACAAAGAACAUUUUCAGGUUCGGAAAAGUGACUACUUGCUUAUUAACUGUUGUAUGCAAUGAAUGGAAAAAGAAGAAGUGUGCUAUAUGAAAACCAGCUUAAAAUGGAAAUCUGUUAUGCAAUGACAGACUAUAAACUUAAAAAAAGAGCAUUUUUUUCUUUAUAAUUGCUUUUUAAAUUGCUCUUGUUGGUAAUAGUAUGGAAGAUGUAUAUAAUAUAGCUAAUAAUUGAAAGUAAACAAGAGACCAAAGAUGCAUUAAUCUGACUGUUGAUCAAAUAUUUUGUUUCUGUGGUCAAAAAUUACAUUACAAGUUCAUAUUAUUGUUUCUCUUGUUUUGGUGUUUUUUCUAAGCAGCUCUUUUUGUUUAAUACCUUGGCAAUAAGUGUAGAAUCAUUAUGUAAUAUAAUUGAUUUUUUUCUUUUAAAAGAAAUUGAACAUCUUUUUUUAUUGUUGCUUCCCUACUUUGUUCUUUCUUAAAAGGUUUGUGUUAAAAACAAACUCAAAAAAUAUCUAUCCUGCUCUGUUUUAGUAGGAAUCAGUCACACGUAUAUCAGAUGUUGCCGCUUUUAUAAUAAUACAGUUGUAAUUCUCUGAUUUUGAGCAACGUAAAUUUCUGCUUUUUGACCACCAGGUGGAGCUUUGCUUUC